AUGCCUACUGUUCCCGUUCCCAUAAUUAGUUCUCAACAGGGUGGUACCAGUUCUUCAGGUGGGCAAGACCAGGUUCAAACAUGUCCUACUACUAUGCCACUCGUUCAAACAUCGGGUCAUGGUAGCACCCCAUCCAUUUCUGAACCAUCUCCUAUAAUACCUAAUGAGAGCAACGUAAUAGGCGAGGGUGCGUCUACUCAGAGAAACGUAACAGGUGAAGGUACAUCUGCUCAGAGCGACACAAUAGGUGAAGGUGAGAGCAACAGUAACAGGGAGCUGACACUUUUGCUUUAUGAUAGGCUUCAUAUAAUGUCUUCCAAUUUUUCCAGGUUGGAACCAUCGAGAUUAUGCUCAGAGAAGAUAACUGCGUCUUUCAAGAAUGAACUUGAGCCUAAGGGAGUUAAUUGGAAAAGUUUCUCAGAAGAGACAAAUGAUUUUUAUCUGGGAGAAUUCGAGAAGGCAUUCUAUUGGGAUUCUUCGAUUGAUAGUGAAGUGAGGAAGCAAUGGCGUAAAAAGGCAGCGAGAAAGUACAGUGAUUUCAUUAGUACAAUAAAAACUAAAGGAUUUCGGCCAGAUUAUGUUCCGAUAGAAACAUGGGAAAGUUGGAUGAAAUAUUGGAAAGAUCCUAAGGUUGUUGAAAAAUCAAAAAUAGCUUCAAAGAAUCGUUGUGGCGGUGAGAAUGCAGUUGCUAGUGGGACUCACACGGGCGGCUCUAUUACCAUUGGAGAGCAUCACAAGAGACUUGCUAUUAAAAAGGGUCGAGAUCCAACACCAAGUGAGGUACAUUUUCACAUCCAUACACACGGUCAUGAUGGGAAAUCUUUUAUUGGUGAACGAGCCCGAAUCGUGCAUGUGAGUCCAACAUUCUAUAAUCUUAUUGACUUUUUUUUUUGGGGUAAAAUGAUGCACUUAAGAGUUAUUUAUGUUAUAUUUGUGUUGUUUGAGAAUUUCAAAAUUGCUAUCGAUUUGUAGUCAUUUGGAGAAUAUGUGGAUUAUUUCAACAAAACAUUUAUUUACUAUAUAGGCUAGAAUUACUUAAGUGUUGCGGUUGCUCAUGAACAUAUCUUCUUUGUCCGGUACUACUACAAUGAUUUUUAUUGCCUCUUGUUCGUGAUGAUUGUUAGGUUGCAUUGAUUCAGCUGUAUACUAGGAUGGAGUUUAUCUAGGUUUAAGUGAACUAUGCUGAAAUUUUCAUUGAUCGGUUAGACUCACUCAAUAGGCUAUAAACAUAGUGCUAGUCACAGUUUUCUAGUCGAUCUGUUACACCCGGCCCAAAGCUUGCUGCCUUUGAACCCUUAAUGGUGCAGUUAAGCCAAUUUGAACCCCUCUUAGGCUCUGUUGGGUUAUUUAUAAUAGCUCGUGCUUUACUUUUACCGAGCGCCCUUAAAAUGUUUAAACUUGGGAUCUGCUUAUUAAAGGUAUUCACAUGUUUAACAAGUUGUUGGAUUUUUAUGGGAAUUUACCGACACCGAAGGAAUAAGUAAGAAAUAGUAGAUAUGUAUGUACUACUGAAAUGGCAUUUAUAAUGAGUACCAACAUAAUACAACUAUAUUUUCUUUAGUUAUAAGACACUUAGCAUGUGAUCUACCUGACCAGUAUCUGCCAUAUUCAUUCUAUACUAGUACUUACUACUACUCUGACUCUAUCCCUUCUUUAUUCCUAGUACUAUUUUAGUUGCACAGUAUGAGUGCACUUGCCUUUUUGUUUUUGGGUUACUUUUUCCUUUGUGAAGAUUAAAAAAGAAAAAAACUUGGUAUGUUGGUUGUUGUGUAUUAAAUGGUUGGUUUAACUAUCAUCUGCUGUUUCAUAAGUAUUUAUUUUGAUCUUAGAGAUAUAAAUUCUAGUUUAGCUAAACAUCACGUUACUAUUAGAUAUCAUCUUGUGACCAUAUGCUUAAUGAUUCAUUUAUCGGAAAAGGGUCAAAUACGAACUGUUAGUGAAAUGAAUUUCACUAAUUAUCACUCUUUUACUGGAAAAAUAUCAAGAAAUAUUACCACUCCAGACACAGACCCAAUCUGAAGUUGAUCAAUGUCAAGCCUAUUACGAAGCCGUGGGAGGGGUAAAGAAAAGAAGAAUAUACGGUCUUGGAUCUCAAGCACAAUUAUAUUACGGGCCGAAUCUUCGUCCCUCUUCUAGAUCUGAUGCUACAUCCUCAAUACCACUUGUAAAUACUCAACCAGCAGCUACGGGAAAUUUGGAUGAGUUAGUGAUGCGAUUGAUUCCUGCACUGACCGAUAGCAUUAUUCAUGCACUGACAGAUUGCAUGCUUCAUGUAAUUGUUGUGCGGGUGCGUGGAUUGGUUUCUUCAUCCUCUUCUCAGCUAGACACUCAUACUCCUACUGACCAUCCAUUAUAUAUGGCGCCUAUAGUUCCAGUUGCAGCUAUUGCCAACAUUGAUGAGGUUCUUGCAUCGGUUUCUGAUGAUGACUGUAGCUCUCCAGUCUCUCAUUAGUUAGUUUUGUUGUUUGAACUUUAUUGUUGUUGCGUAUGAUUUUGGAUUUUCUUGUUUUGGAUAUUAUCGUUGUGGAUGCUUUGAACUCGAUUGCAUUCUGCUAUGUAUU